GACCACAGCGACGACGACAACGGGGAGGCGGUGGGCACGGGGGCGCUGUUCGCGGACCCCGAGGGCUACUACCCGCCGUCGCCGCCGCCGACAACACAAACCUACACCAUGGCGAACGGGGCGGUCAUCACGCUGCACCUGGUGGGCCACAGCCCGCUCGAGGCGCACCGGCUGUGGAACGGGGCGCGCGUGGUGUCGGAGCACUUCGAGGCGCACCCGGCCGAGGUGCGCGGCCGCUCCGUGCUCGAGAUCGGCGCCGGCGCUGGCCUGCCCAGCAUCGUCGCCGCUGCCCUCGGUGCCGAGCGCGUCGUCGUCACCGACUACCCGGACCCGGAUCUCGUCGCCACCAUGUGGAAGAACAUCCGCGGCUGCCCCGAGCUGGUCGACGAUGACAGCCCCGACGGCGUGCCCCGCAAUAUCGUCGCCGACGGCCACGUCUGGGGCGCCGACCCCGCGCCACUACUGGCGCACUUAUCAUCAUCACCAUCAAACUCUACCCCGAAGGGCUUCGACGUGCUCAUCCUCGCGGAUCUGCUGUUCCGGCAUUCGGAGCACGGCAGCAUGCUGCGCACGGUCGAGAGCACGCUGCGGCGGCGGCGCGGCAGCAAGGCGUUCGUCGUCUUCACGUCGUACCGGCCCUGGCUGCAGCACAAGGACCUGGCCUUCUUCGACCUGGCGCGCGCGCGCGGAUUCGAGGUCGAGCGCGUCCUCGAGCGCAAGAUGGACCGCCCGCUGUUCGAGAACGACCCCGGCGACGAGGAGGUGCGCAAGACUGUCUCCGGCUGGGUCCUGCGCUGGCCC